AUGGCGCUGCGGACGGGCGGCACGGCGGGGUGGUUGGCCCCGCUCCUGCCUCUGCUCCUGGCCUUGCUGGCAGCGGGCGCUGUGACCGGCAGCAGCGCGGAGGGUGCGGAGCCCCUGGACGGACGCACCGAGGCGGAGGCGCCGCUCGUCCCCGCCACCUCCGGCCCCCGGCGCGCCCUCCGGCGCCGAGGCUCUUCAUCGAGAGGUCUGAAUGCCAGUGUGUCCAGUGAAGUGGAAUUUGGAGUAUGCACAGUUACAUGUGGGAUUGGCAUUCGAGAAGUUCUGUUAACCAGUGGAUGCCCCGGGACUGAAGAAAAAUGUAUUGUCCGUGUGGAGGAAUGCCAAGGGCCAGUAGACUGUGGAUGGGGAAUACCAAUUUCUGAGGGCCUUUCCUGUGUGAAGAUGCCUUGUAUUUAUAUGCCUCCUGAAAAUCGAUUUAAAUUUGUUUGGAAGAUGAUAACUCCAAAUCAGACAGCACACAUUCUUCCCAAUGAUUCAGCUAUUAUGGAAGCUUGCAGAGAUAUCCAUUUGGUUACUUUCCAGUGCGAAACUCAAGAAAAUGGAAAUACAAUUGCCUCUGUAAAAUAUGCAGUCUACGCAACAACUGAAAUGCAAACAAAAAAAUCAAAGAGAAUAGAAACAGGACAAUCAAGGACAGAAGCCGUUCUGGUCUUUUGCCUGGUAACUGGAAUCAUUGUGACUAUUGGUGUGAUCUUUGCCAUGAUCUUUAUGAUUCUUCACUGGGCUGUUGUAAAAUCUAUUUGGGAAUCAAAAUUUGGGCAAGGCAACCAAGAGAAGAAGCUGGCCAACAAAAGAUCACUGCAUAACAUGGAAUAAAUAGCCCCCCACUGAGGGUCCCCACUGG